UUCAGGUGUUUUUCAGGUGAAGGUCAGCAGGAGGUUGUUUUUUUGUGACCAGAAAAACAUGUGGCUCUUUAGGAGGACAAAAAAAAUCAUCAGAUGAAACGAAGGAAAGGCCUGUCUCACCUGGACUCAGCUGUGUGUCCUUUCAGAGUGACCGCUCAAUGGUGCAGCCUCUCGAGUUUACAGGUGGAGCAUCCUCUGUGGAAAGAGAACUCCUACCAGGAUUAAGAGUGAAGCAGACGUUUGACUUUCUGAGAGAAUGUCGGGGGAGUGUGAAGAAAUCACAACCACUGAAAUGAGUCUUCCUGAGGGGAAAUGCAAGAAUCAAGGUGCAACAGAGAAAAGGCCAAAUUCUCCUGAAGCCAGCUGUGUGUCCUUGAAGAGUGGGCGGUCAAUGUCCCCCCCUAUUAACUUUAAAGGUGGAACAUCCUCUCAGGAAAGUGAAACGAAGGAAAGGCCUGUCUCACCUGGACCCAGCUGUGUGUCCUUUCAGAGUGACGACUCAAUGAGAGAGCCUCUCCGUUUUACAGAUGGAGCAUCCUCUGUGGAAAGAACCCCAAAACAGGAACCAGAAAACAGCUGCAGAAAUUGGAUGGAGUCCGUAUUCCAGCUGGAGCACAAAGUCAUCACAUUGGUGAAGAAUGAACUGAACAAUUUAAAGAAGCUACUGAGUGCUGAUUACCCAGAAUGCUCUGAGAGGGAGGAGAAAGCGGAGGAGGAGGAUCUGGACCGUAUUAGAGAGAGUGUGCUGAAGAUCACACUGCGUAUCCUGAAGAACCUGAAGCAGAAAGAUCUCGCUCACCAACUGCAGAUCAAGCGGGCCUCUGUAUAUCAGCGAAAACUCAAAUCCAGACUUGGAGAUAAAUUUAAAAGGAUAAAUGAAGGAAUCUCCCAGCAUGGGACAUCAGUACUUCUGAAUCAGAUCUACACAGAGCUCUACAUCACAGAGGGCUGGAGUGAAGACAUCAGUGAUGAACAUGAGGUGAGACAGAUUGAGACAGUGUCCAGGAGAUCAGUAACAGAGGAAAAACCAAUCAAAUGUCAUGAUCUCUUUAAAGACACGUCCAUCAGAAGUGUGCUGACUAAAGGAGUUGCUGGAAUUGGAAAAACUGUCUCUGUGCAGAAGUUCAUUCUGGACUGGACUGAAGGGAAAGUGAAUCAGGAUGUCACCUUCAUGUUUCCACUUCCCUUUAGAGAGCUGAAUCUGAUGAAGCAGCAAAACCUCAGUCUGAUGAAUCUUCUUCAUCAGUUUUUCCCUGAUAUUAAGGACCUAGAAGUAAUAGACAGUGAUACCUACAAAAUCCUGUUGAUCUUUGAUGGUCUGGAUGAGUGUCGACUUCCUCUAGAUUUCCAGAACAAUGAGAGAUUGUGUGAUGUGACAGAGUCGGCCUCAGUGGAUGUGCUGCUGACAAACCUCAUCAAGGGGAACCUGCUUCCCUCUGCUCUCCUCUGGAUAACCACUCGACCAGCAGCAGCCAAUCAGAUCCCUUCUGAGAGUGUAGACCAGGCAACAGAGGUACGAGGGUUCAGUGAGUCUCAGAAAGAGGAGUACUUCAGGAAGAAGAUUAGUGAUCAGAGCCUGGCCAAUAAAAUCAUCACACACAUGAAGUCUUCAAGAAGCCUCGACAUCAUGUGCCACAUCCCAGUCUUCUGCUGGAUCUCAGCCACUGUUCUCGAAAGGAUGUUGGGUGAAGCAGAGAGUGGAGAGAUCCCCAAGACUCUGACUCAAAUGUUCACACACUUCCUGAUCUUUCAGAUCAAACACAAGGGACAAAAGUACCAUGGAACAUAUGACCCUGAUUCUCAGCAGACCAGAGAGAGUAUCCUGGCACUGGGAAAACUGGCUUUCCAACAGCUGGAGAAAGGAAACCUGAUCUUCUAUGAGGAAGACCUGAAAGAGUGUGGCAUUGGUGUUCGAGAAGUGGCAGUGUACUCAGGGGUGUGUACUCAGAUCUUCAGAAAAGAAUCAGGACUCUACCUGGGGAAGAUGUUCAGCUUUGUGCAUCUGAGCAUUCAGGAGUUUUUGGCUGCGUUGUAUGCAUUUCUCUGCUUUCUUGACAAAAACCCUACAAAAGAACAAACUACUGCUCUGUCUGGUCUUUUCAACACAUCAGAAAUGCCUGACUUCCUCAAAGGUGCAGUGGACCAGGCCUUACAGAGUGACACCGGACACUUGGAUCUUUUCCUCCGCUUCCUUCUGGGCCUCUCAGUGGAGUCCAAUCAGAAGCUCAUUCGAGAUCUGCUGCCACACACAGGAAGCAGCUCUGACUGCCAGAAGGACAUAGUUGAGUACAUCAAGUUCAAGUUUGAACAAAAUCCAUCUCCAGAGAGAUUAAUAAACCUUUUCUACUGUCUGAAUGAGUUAAAUGAUGAUUCACUCGUGAAAGAGAUCCAAAGUUACAUGAGCUCAGGACGUCUCUCUGAAGCUGAACUCUCACCUGCUCAGUGGUCUGCUCUGGUCUUUGUGUUGCUGACAUCAGAUGAGGAUCUGGAAGUGUUUCAGCUACAGAAGUUCAUAAAGUCAGAUGAAUGCUUUAAGAGGCUGCUACCAGUCGUCCAGCAAGCCACAACAGUUCUGCUCAGUGAUUGUAACCUGACAGAGAGAAGCUGCUCAGCUUUACACACAGUUCUCAGCUCUGAAUCCUCCAAACUGACUGAGGUGGAUCUGAGCAGUAACCAUCUGGAGGACUCAGGAGUGAAGCAGCUUUGUGUUGGACUGGAGAGUCCAAACUGUAAACUGGAGAAACUGAGACUGACUGAAUGUAAUCUGAUGAUGGAAAGCUGUAAAGCUCUGGCUGAAGUUCUCAGUUCACACCCCUGUUUUCUAACUGAGUUGGACUUGAGUAAGAGCCGCCUACAGAAUUCAGGUGUCCAGCAAUUAUCUGAAGGACUGAAGAACCAAAGCUGUACUCUGAAGAUAUUAAGACUUUCAGACUGCAGGAUAACAGAGGAAGGAUACGCUGCUCUGGCUGAAGCUCUGAAAUCAUCCCACCUGAUAGAGCUGGAUCUCAGAGGGAACGACCCUGGAGCAUCAGGAGUGAAGCUGCUCACUGAUUUACUCCAGGAUCCAGACUGUAAACUGGAGAAACUGAGACUUUCAGACUGCAGUAUAACAGAGGAAGGAUACGCUGCUCUGGCUGAAGCUCUGAAAUCAUCCCACCUGAUAGGGCUGGAUCUCAGAGGGAACGACCCUGGAGCAUCAGGAGUGAAGCUGCUCACUGAUUUACUCCAGGAUCCAGACUGUAAACUAACAACACUGAGACUGUUGAAAAGUCCUGAAGCAGAAGAAGCCUGUGGUCGUCUGACUAAAGUUUUAGAGACAAACCCCUUAUUGCAGACGGAUCUGAACCUGAGGGGGAAAAUAAAAGGAGACUCCGAAGUGAAGCAGCUCUCUGCUCUACUGAAGGAUCCACACUGCAGAGCUGAGAAACUCACGCUAAGGAAGAGUGGCGUUACAGAAGAAGGCUGUUCUGCUUUAACUUCAUCUUUUCUAUUCAAUCCUGCACACAUAAAAGAGUUGGAUCUGAGUGAGAAUAAAGUUGGAAACUCUGGAGUGCAGAGAGUUUGUGCUCUACUGAAACAUCAGCCAUGUAACCUGCAGAUCCUGAGACUUUCAGACUGCAGUAUAACAGAGGAAGGAUACGCUGCUCUGGCUGAAGCUUUGAAAUCAUCCCACCUGAUAGAGCUGGAUCUCAGAGGGAACGACCCUGGAGCAUCAGGAGUGAAGCUGCUCACUGAUUUACUCCAGGAUCCAGACUGUAAACUAACAACACUGAGAGUAAUUGACAACAAUAUUAAAGAGGAAGGAUACGCUGCUCUGGCUGAAGCUCUGAAAUCAUCCCACCUGAGAGAGCUGGAUCUCAGAGGGAACGACCCUGGAGCAUCAGGAGUGAAGCUGCUCACUGAUUUACUCCAGGAUCCAGACUGUAAACUAACAACACUGAGACUGUUGAAAAGUCCUGAAGCAGAAGAAGCCUGUGGUCGUCUGACUAAAGUUUUAGAGACAAACCCCUUAUUGCAGACGCAUCUGAACCUGAGGGGGAAAAUAAAAGGAGACUCCGAAGUGAAGCAGCUCUCUGCUCUACUGAAGGAUCCACACUGCAGAGCUGAGAAACUCACACUUUCAGACUGCAGGAUAACAGAGGAAGGAUACACUGCUCUGGCUGAAGCUCUGAAAUCAUCCCACCUGAUAGAGCUGGAUCUCAGAGGGAACGACCCUGGAGCAUCAGGAGUGAAGCUGCUCACUGAUUUACUCCAGGAUCCAGACUGUAAACUAAGAACACUGAGGUUGUUGAAAAGUGAUGAAGCAGUGAAGGCCUGUGAUUUUCUGACUGAGGUUCUGGAUAAAAACCCUUUAUUGCAGAAAGAACUGGAUCUGAGUGGAAAGAUCUCUUCAGUGUCAGAAGUGAAGCAGCUCUCUGCCCUACUGGAGGAUUCACACUGCACACCUGAGAAACUUACGCUAAGGAAGAGUGGUGUUACAGAAGAAGGCUGUUCUGCUUUAACUUCAUCUUUUCUAUUCAAUCCUGCACACAUAAAAGAGUUGGAUCUGAGUGAGAAUAAAGUUGGAAACUCUGGAGUGCAGAGAGUUUGUGCUCUACUGAAACAUCAGCCAUGUAACCUGCAGAUCCUGAGACUUUCAGACUGCAGGAUAACAGAGGAAGGAUACGCUGCUCUGGCUGAAGCUCUGAAAUCAUCCCACCUGAUAGAGCUGGAUCUCAGAGGGAACGACCCUGGAGCAUCAGGAGUGAAGCUGCUCACUGAUUUACUCCAGGAUCCAGACUGUAAACUAACAACACUGAGGUGA